UUAAGUAGAAAGGGGCAGCUAGCCCUAACAACGCGCCGCCGUCUGUGUCUUAGUCUGGCUCUCAGGGAUCGCCUCUCUCUCUUCUUCCUUCAUCACCACCAGCCUGUCACAGCGUCACUUAUCUCCCUCUCAUUCUCACACAGUCGGCCUCUCGAACUCGAAGGCUGAAGCCUCACUCUACAGUCUCCCCGGCGGCACGGACCACCCUCCACUCGGCCACUACAGGCUUCUAGCCGUCUCCUCAGUCCUCAGUUGGUCAGUCCUCAAUCUGCUCGUGGUCUCCUCUCUCCAUCGACUUGGACUGAGUCUCUCCUCAGUGAAUCUCCAUCAAGUUUUUGGAGAUUCAGUUUCUGCACUUCAAUUCGUGUUUUUCUUAGGGUUUCUUCCGGCGUUUGCUUCAAUUUCAGAAAGGACUCGCAAUUUCCCUAUUCCUUCCUUCGAUUCACCAUUUCUCGCUCUCAAUUCUCUCAUGACCCUCGCUCUGCUCUUCGUGGCUUCCUUUACGAAGGAGCGUGAGGGAUAGACCAUGCCUCGUAAAACUAGUUGCAGAGCUUCAAAGAAGCCUGGAAAUGACUCAAAUUUAACCUUUCCUUCUUCUGAAAAAGACUGCUAUGAAGGAGAGCGUCUCACCAAUCUGUUGCAGUUGAUUCAUAGGGAGAUCGGAUCAGCAAGAACAGCUGAUGGAAAUUCUUUACCAGAGAAAAUAUGGUUAAAGCAAAAAUUUUCUGUGGGCGUCAAUGAUGUAACUCGUGUUCUUGAGCGCAUGCCACCUUGCACUGAAUCACGAAGCUCUUCUCAGCUCUCUCCUUUAAUCAGCUGCAACAAUAGAACAUCUUCAGUCAAACUUCAGGUUGUGCUAGUAGCUUCUGACUGUAACCCGCGAUGGCUGAUAAAACAUUUGCCAAGCUUGGCUUCUUCAAGGAAAGUGCCCCUGAUCUUCGUUAGAGAUAACAAGAAAGGUUCUUUGAGAUUAGGCGAACUUGUGAAUCUGAGAACUGCUAUUGCUGUUGGUAUUAAGGCAAGAGAAAACAGGAUCAACAAACUCUUGGAGAAAAUCAUUCAACAGGAUGGAGUUGAACCUGAUUGUCCAAAAUCAGCUGAAACAUCUGAUGCACGUGAUGUCCAAGAGCCUGACGUAAAAGUUGACAUGCCUUAGACCCAGCCGAAUUCAUGUUCAGAGAAUCAAAUUUGUCUACGUUUUAGUCAGUAAAUUUUUUUUUUUUUGGGGGGGGGGGGGAGGGGUUCCAACCGGAGUUGUAGAUUGUGGUGCAAGUGGCCUUUUCUUUUCGUUGUUUUAAAUUAAAUGGCAGAAAGCUUUGUAUAUUGAGAUGGGCCCCAAAACGGACUCCAUUUUUAAGCAUUUUUAUAAUCUCUUUAUAUGCUA